AUGGCGGGUAUUUUUCGAACGAUCUAUGACUGGCUCUUGAGGAUGUUCUGGGCGACAGAGAUGGACGUCACGAUGAUCGGGCUCCAGAAUGCAGGCAAAUCGUCACUGUUGCGUGUGCUCGCGGGGGGAGAAUUCACUGUAGACUCUAUCCCAACCAUCGGUUUCAAUACAAAGCGAGUCCAGAAGGGGCAUGUGACUCUGAAGUGCUGGGACCUUGGAGGGCAGCCGCGGUUUCGACCGAUGUGGGAACGGUACUGCAGGGGCGUGAAUGCGAUCGUUUAUAUCGUGGACGCUGCAGACAGGGCGGCUUUGCCAGUGGCAACUGAAGAACUGCACGAGCUGAUGAACAAGUCCACCCUCGAUGGGAUCCCGCUCUUGGUCCUUGGAAACAAAUCUGACUUGCCCAACAAGCUAUCCGUCGACGAGCUAAUCGAUCAGAUGAACCUCAAAUCCAUCACGCGGCGUGAGGUGAGCUGCUACGGCAUUAGUGCAAAGGAAGAGACAAAUCUCGAUGCGGUGCUGCACUGGUUAAUCGCGCGAGCAAGUCGGUAA